UUGUGCAAAAAAAUUCACCGUUCAUAGUCGAUUUCUACUUUUAAGAAUCGAAGUGUUUUGCUGUGGUGUUUUUGCUGUUUAACACUGUUUCACAUAUUGAGGCAAAUUACUGCAAUGACCUCGACAUUGCCAAAGGACAGGAACGAGGAGCGUCGUCGCAGGGUGUUGCUGGGGCCAUUGCCUUCUGGAUUCCUGAGAGCAGAUGGAACGACAGACACUCUUGAUGCAGACUAUCAAGCAGCGCUGGCUUUGCAGCAGCAGUUGUGUGGUGCUACGAUGCCAGCUGCUGGACCGCCGCUAACUGCCAGGCUCAGCGUGACGAUUGCACAGGCGAAACUAGUUAAAAAUUAUGGUCUGACCCGCAUGGACCCCUACGUUCGCCUGCGAGUGGGUCACUGCAUAUACGAGACCCACACGGAUCCCAGCGGUGGGAAGACGCCUAGAUGGAAUAAGGUCAUACAUUGUUUGCUGCCGCCCGGAGUGAAUUCAAUAUACCUGGAGAUUUUCGACGAAUGCUCCUUCACUAUGGACGAACUUAUAGCAUGGACACAUAUAACCAUACCGCAGGCUGUGCUUAAUGGAGAGACUCACGAAGACUGGUAUCCGUUGAACGGCAAACAAGGAGACGGCGUCGAGGGAAUGAUCAACCUCGUUCUUAGCUACUCGGUGGGUCCGGCCGCGGUGACCGCAUACCCGCCCAUGAUAGUGGUGCCCAGCGCGGGCAUCGGCGGCUACACCACCAUGUCGAUGUACCCCGCGCCCAUGCAGCAGCCGAUGCAGGCCUACCCGCAACCGCAACCGCAACACCCGCAGCAACCGCAGCAGCCGCAACCCGUUCAGCCCGUCACGGCGGAACAGCUGCAACAGCUGGAGGAAAUGUUCCCAAGCAUCGACAAAGAGGUGAUCAAAUCGGUGCUGGAAGCCAACCGCGGCAACAAAGACGCUACCAUCAACUCCUUGCUGCAAAUGUCGGAGUAGACCUUCUGCCAGUACAUUAUAUCAACCCUACAAAGUGUAUCCCAUGAAAGAAACAUUGUUUUUAAGUCCCACAUUGUUUGCGUGGUACUGUAUUUAUCAUUAAUUUAUCGGAAAUCUAUUUUCUAAGUCCGCGUUUAUUACGGAUUGUACUUUUCCCGCCCUAACUAGUUCAAUUACAUUUUUGGCUACUAAUAUAGGCUAUAAGAUAUUUUAUCCCGGGAAAACAAACUUCCCACAGGAUUUGUGGCCGUACAAACGCGGACGAAGAAAGCAUUAUAUUUCGGAUAAGGAUGUUUUUAUCUAUGGUAAAGAACCUAUUCAAUAAUCAAUCGUGUUACGUUAAAUAAUCAAUCAUUUAAAAUUAAAUAAUCUGAUUGGAUGAAAUUAAUCGACGCAAAAGAAAGCGAUGUGAGACUUAAAAAUAAAUGCUUAUUGUAUUAAUACAGGAGUAAUCGAGUCGUAUAAUAUAAAGGUUCUAAUAUCGCCAAUUUUAAAAACGGUACUAGCUUUUAAGUAUAUUUUGAUUAUCUUACUUAAUAUUUAUCUACUCGUAUCAUCGGCGUAUAUUGUCUCAGUUAAAUCUCUCCCGCAUGAAUCCUGUGUGGUCAUUAAUAAAAAUAAAAAAAAACAAUCUUCCUGUAUAUUAUAUUAUUUGUUAAUUAUUGUAACACUGCAUUUCGCAUUUUUACCUGAAUUUUGUUAUUGUUAUUUAAAAAAAAAAAAAUUGCAUGUUUUAUUUUUUAUUUUUUAGAGAUGAAAUUGGAUCGUUAGAAUUAUUUUUACUAUGAAGCUGUGAUUUAUUUUAUUCCAGAGACAACAAAAAAUAUUAUUUCUAACACAGCAUUUGGCAUGUUUUUUUAUAGCAUAAUGAGAAAAUUAUUAAGAGAUGGAAUGUGGUCGUUAGAAGUAUUUCUACUUUGAAGCUGUGAUUUCUUCUAUUUAUCAAAUAAUUAUUCUUAGCAUUUACCACGUUUUAUCUGUAUUUAUCAUAAUAAACAUAUUUAAAGCUGGAAUGAACAAAUUUAAAGAAAGAAUUAAAAAAUUUAAACAUGGAACAGGGUCGUUGGAAAUGUUGGUUCUAAGAAGUUGCCAUUUAUUUUUUUCUUUUUAUAUUUUUCUGUAUGUUAGGAGAAAAUUAUAAUUUUUAAAAAAGGAACGUCCAUUGGUAGUUUUUGUAUUAUGGAGCUGUGAUUUCUUAUAUUUGAGAGCCAAAAUACUUUUUUCAUUCUCCACUCCUGCCAAUGGCCCAGUAUUGGGAACAUAUCUCUUAUACGAAAGAGGUAAUUAGAGCAUUGACCCACCACGGUGCUCCAAAGCGGGUUGGCGGGAUUUAACGAAUGUUAUCACACAUGCUAGUGAUAAUAAGUAUGACGGUACAGAACAAAAAUUAACAAGAGAGGGGAAAAGGUAACAAUUAUGCCUGCCCCUCUCUUCUUUCAUUUUUAAAAUUUUUUCGGCCUUGCAAAUAAACUUGGUAUGUCUUCAGAAUAUAAAAUGUUUUGUCACUUUUACACUUAGACCACCUUUCUAAAGUCAGAGCGUGAUAAAACUAUCUCGAAAUUAUUUCAUGUUUAUUUAUAAGGCCUUUACUAAAAAUAACUUUUUAAAGUUUAAAUAAAUAUUUAAUUUAUUCGUACACUUCACUAUGAAUUUUUAAUAUUAGCAAAUUUUAAUAUAAGUUGCACAUUUUAAUACGUGUAGGAUAUCAUUAAUAAGAUUUUUUUUUCAUUCCACUACAACUUAGCCCUUGACUGUAAUCUCACCUGGUGGUAAAAGGUGGUAAGUGAUGAUGCAGUCCAAGAUGGUAACAAGCUAGACUGUUUAGGAAGUCAGACAGUUAUAUUAAACCCAUAUACCUACCGGUUCGAUCGGUUUCGACGCGAGAUCGUACCGGAACGCUAUAUCGCUUAGCGGCAUGACUCUGUCGGUAGGGAUGUAACUAAAUCAAAUUGAUAUUGACAAUAUCAAGAGACGAAUAGCAAUGUCUAGAUCUGCUAUAGACGAGUUAUAAUUUUUUUUUAAUUCACUAAAAUUUAGCCCUUGACUGCAACAAUUCAUUAAAUUGUUUUUGUCAUAGUAAUUAUUGAAUUACUAAACAGAUAGCGCACAGGAGAAACAAUCGCCUAUAAACAGCAUACUUCGCAAGGCAUGCAAGGACCAUGUCCAUCAACCUGAGGAGAAGGCGUUAAGCCUCAUGAGCCAGUAAUGACACCAGCAACCGCGCCCUUCAGACCGGAACACAGCAUUGCAAUGCUGCUUAGCGGCAGAAAUAACAAAAAGCUCUUCUACUGGAACUAACUAAACUGGAACUGAAACUUAUUAAUUACUCAAAAUUUCGAUUACUCAUAUCAUGUAUAAAAAUAUUUAAAAAAAAAAAAUGUAAUUAAUGUAAGUAAUAAGUAAUGACUUAUGUUCUUACAUGGCAUGAGUAAAGCAGUAUCGCCAAGCGACUAAUUACGUUGAUAUGAUAAAAAACGAUUACGCGAGAUGGUGGGCUUACAACCCAUUUCAGAUGGUUUCCAUCUUAAUAAAGUCAAGUGAGAUGGCAGUCAAGCAUUUUUCAUAAAUAUUAAACUACGGUCCAGCUUCUGUCGUCGUCUGAAAUAUUAAA